GCCAACCAAACCAACAAACAGUCACGGUAUCCGAGAUGAUACGCAAACAAAUUGAAACCUUAUUGUCUUUGUCUAAAGUUUAAAGUCCGCGCACGAGUUUGAGGAAUGGAUUCCGCUUCAUAUAGAAGGUGAUAUUCCUAUGCGUUGGAAAUGGAGCGGUGCGAUUGGCGGUUGGUAUCCAAUGGGUGUGUGGGCGUGUAGGGUGCGCGUGCGCAGGCGAGCGCGACGUGGACUCAGUCGCAAGGCACGCACCGCGGGUGUUGGACGCAUGGUGGUGGAUCGUGAGUGUGUGUGUGGUGACAUGAUGCUGGGCGGCAUGGACAGUAAAGAAUACGGCGCCCUGCACGCAGCAGCCGCCGCUGCAGGAUAUGCUAUGGAUGCCGAUCCAAAUGCAACCGCGAUGGGCAACACAGGAAUGGGGUCUGCUGGGGGCCAGCAGUACGGUGAGGUGAACCAGCUGGGCGGCGUUUUUGUUAACGGACGACCCUUACCUAACGCAGUUCGCCUUAGGAUUGUAGAACUUGCUCAGUUAGGGAUCAGGCCGUGUGAUAUAAGCCGACAGUUGCGAGUUUCUCACGGAUGUGUGUCAAAGAUCCUAGCUCGGUACCACGAGACUGGCUCCAUCUUGCCUGGGGCUAUUGGAGGCUCCAAACCUCGAGUUACGACGCCUAAGGUGGUAUCCUACAUUAAGCAGUUAAAAGCCAAAGAUCCAGGAAUAUUCGCUUGGGAGAUUAGGGACAGAUUACUUGCGGAUGGAGUGUGUGAUAAAUACAACGUGCCUUCCGUCUCCAGUAUUAGCCGGAUCUUAAGAAACAAGCUUGGGGGUGCCCUAUACCCCGUUCCACCUCUCUAUCCCGUGCCCCCGCAAAGAUGCUGGCCUUUGCAUCAGCCUUACGACUAUUAUAUGUACCUACAAGGUCGUCAACACGCGACAGGAGCGCCGCAUGGCCUACCCCAUCCCCACCAGCCGACAGGGCCGCAGGCGCAUGCCCACGCCAUAUGACCACCAAUCUCUCCGUUCUUGUCUACCACAAACCUCAUUGCAGGGCCAGCAGCUACAACAGUCAUGACGCCGUCUCACAUGACCGAAACGAAUAUGGCGGUGAAUACAUCAGUGACAGCAAACAGCAUUCCAGCAUCUAACAUGCCUAAUUUACCAACGAGAAUGUCAUUCUGCAGAUUUGCCCACAACAAGGAUGUGAGAUGACGUCAAAUUUUAAAUGAAUUAAUACAAUGAAUAUACCAAAGGUACAACAGCAAUAUAACGAGCAUAUUCUUCUAUUUGGAUUGACAUCCUACACCAUCGAUGUCAUUCGAGAUUUGUAGUCGUGAACGGAGAAAAUGACACAAGGUAGAGAUAUAUUUUAGUCGUUUGUUCAUUUUGACCAAGUAUUAAUUAAUUGUAAAUAAUCUAAUAAUAAUUUUAUCAGUUUCGCGUGUACCUAUUAUAAAUAAUUUGAUAAGUUAGGAUAUAAGUAGAUAAUACAAAGUUAAAUUAUAUUCUAAAAAAACGGCAAUUAUUUUUAGAUGUGAAUGUAAAAGUUAAAAUGUAUUUUAAAUAUUAAACAUGUAUAUUCGAGUUCAAAAUAAUAAUCCGGUAUGUAUGUAUGUUAAUAUUUUACCUCAGAAAGGUGCGAAAUGUAAAUAUGUACCUAUUUAUUACUAAGUUUUAAUCAACGGCCUUAAAAAACGGUUAUUUUUUUUAUUUUUUUAUGUAAUAGCAGGCACACGGGCAAGAGGCUCACCUGAUGUGAAGCGAUACCGCCGCCCAUGGACACUCACAUUGCCAGAAGGCUCGCAAGUGCGUUGCCGGCCUUUCAAGAAUUGGUACGCUCAUUUCUUGAAGGACCCUAAGUCGAAUUGGUUCGGAAAUGGUCAAUCUACUUAAAUACUGAAAUGUUACUUAACAAAUAUAUUUAAGUAAUGAUAAGUUAAUAUCGAUUUGUGCUGUAUUUAACUUUAUAAUUUACUAGAAGAAAUUCCUAAAUCAUGUAAAUAGCUGUCAAAGGGUCAACGAAUCUGAAGAUAAAUAAAAUUAUUUUUAAGUUUCUUCAUUUUACACAAACAUAUUUUUUGUUACCUAUGGUUUUAGGCUAGGAAAUAUUCGCUGAAAAGAGAAGUUUGUAUUUGUUUUAAUUUAUUACACACACCAUGAAUGUUAUAACAGAUCUUCUUGAGAGAAACGUUUAAACAUUUAUUACAUAAGUUCUAGGUAAGUAUUAUGUGUCAUAUAAAGUAAGUUCUAUUAAUUAUUAUAAAGUUGUACUUAUAUUUCGAGAAUAAAAGUAUUUGAGAAACAAA